AUGAAUGAUAUGACAAGUAUCUUAAAUCUCAAAAGAGAACAGUUUCAUGUACAUAUUAGAAAAUAAAGAAAUGAAAAAUAAUUCAAAGAAUAAAGAAAACAUUACUUUUUAUCACUGUUUCUUUAGUAAAAAUAAAUGCAAGAAAUAAGUGCCAAAAUAAGAGAUAUAAUGGAAAGAGGGGAAUAAUUGUGUGGAGAAAUGUUAAUAAUGAUAGUUGAUAAGAUUGAAGAUGUUUUAGAGAGAGAAAGCAAUCUUAAAUUAUUGGAUGUAGUUCGAUGUGAUUAUGUAGACAAUUGAUGCAGCUAUUUGGAUGUUAAAGUCUGUGGAUGCAUAAAUCUAUGAGGAUGAAUUGAGUGAUAACUAUAAGAUGCAUAGAAUUAUAGAUAAGAUGAUACCUCUUUCUUAAGGGUAUUCUAUCCAUCCUACACAUAUGAACUAAUAAAUUAUUAUAUAUGCUGCAAAAGUAUAAUGUAUUUAUGAUAUAGUUCCUUAAAUAUUGGACAUUAAUGGAUGAUAAAUUGAUUUAUAAUUAUUAUGGUGAAGUGGCAGAAACAGUCUAUUUCCUAUUAAAUAAAUAAGAAAUGAUUUUUAUUAAAAGAGGAGUUGAAAUAAUGUUGAAUCUAUUUGAAUGUGAUGAUGGUAGAUUGUUAUCUAAGCUACAUGAAGUGCUUAUUUGUGGUCAAAAUUUAGUUAAACCUAUUUGCAUUUUAUUAUAAAAUAAUCUAAAUAGUGAUAUCCAAACAACUCUUUUUAAAAUAGUUCUUUAAACAUUCUUAAUGUAAGAUAGAAAUGGAAUGAAUUAAUACUUAAAUUAUAGUAAUUAGGAAAAUAAAUAACAAUUUUUUGAUAUUUUAAUAGAACUAGUAUAAGAAUCAGAAGAAAACAGUCGUAAAUUGUUUCGUUAUUAAUUACAUUUAAUUCAUUUAAUUUUAGAGUAUUCUUAGAAUGAAAGAGAAUUAUUAUAUGAGUAUUUUAAAUAGAAAAUGAAUUCUUCAGAAUUUAGAAUAAAAAUGAAAGAUUAAUGGUUAUUUCAUGAAUGGAAUUCUAUUUAGAAUGUUGUACAUUAAAUUCAAAUACAUUUAGAAGAAUGA